UAAAUUUUGUAUAUUUUAUUAAACAAACAACCCCAACCCUUUUUCUCGUUUAUCUGCUCCAUUCAGGUGCCUUCUGUCCGGACAAUUGCGUAUGAGUCUUGGUUCGCAUAAUCUCGUCUUUGAAUUAAGAUGAAGUUUGUGAAGCCACUCAACUUGUACCAGGACUUGCUGAAGCUGCGUGCUGUGGAUCGAGGGCGAUUUCUUGGUUUGGAUGUUGGUGAUAGAUAUGUUGGCCUCGCGGUUUCGGAUUUCGACAAUAAAGUUGCUUCACCAUUAAGCGUUUUAGUUAGGAAGAAAAACAAUAUCGGUCUGAUGGCUCUUGAUUUCGAACAUCUGAUAUCAAAACUAUCUCUGUCUGCCUUUAUUGUUGGAUACCCAUAUGAAAACAUGCAAAAGAACAGCAAAAAUGCUACCCAAGUGAAAGUAUUCGUUGACGACCUUUGUAAAACAGGGAAACUUGAAGACGUGAGGUACACUUUAUGGAACGAGUGCUACACGACAAAGAAUGUGGAGCUAUUGUUGAAGCCAUUGAAUCUUCCCCCGGUAGAAGCAAAAACGAGUAGUGACAAAUUUGCGGCUGUCGCAAUACUGCAGGCGUAUUUGGAUUUCGUUAACAGGUAUGCCGUGACCGAGGAAAGCCAAUGAAGAUCAAGAGCUUAGUUUAGAGCCUUCAAAUAUUUAAUGUUUUGGACAUUACUUGAUUUUCAGUUGAGUAAAUUACACGGAUGGCCCCUGUGGUUUACCAAAAUUUGGAUUUGGUACCUAACUUUCGAAAGUACACGGAUGGUCCCUGUGUUUGUAACGUAUUUAGUACCCAACUUUUGCCAUAAGUACAUGGAUAUGGUCCAUGUGGUUUGCAUUCAGUCCCUAACUUGGACUUACUGAAACCUUUAGAUUUGUUAGUUGGGGACUAAAUGUGUUACAAAGUGCAAACCACAUAGACUAUCCGUGUACUUUUAAAAACUAAGGACCAAAUUCAAAUUUUUGGUUAACCACAGGGACCAUUCGUUUAGUUUAUUCUUUUCAACUUGUUUUAAAGAAUCGUAAGAUAAACUAGUUUACGACUUCCAACAACGUUGAACCGCCCGUAAACACAUAGUGCUUGCAAAUCA